CAUUAUCGAUGAUAACAAAAUCGAUUAAUCGUCCAUUAUCGAUAGUUGAUUACAAUUUUUAACAACUUCAAUUCGAGAGUCUUUUCAGUCGUUAUUGCGUUGCAAAGCGAGCAAACAUGCAGCUACAAAUUAGAGGAGAUCACACGACUGUUGUCGAGUCACAUGAAAAUGAGACUAUUGCAGAAUUAAAGAAAAAAAUUGUGGAGUUAGAUGCUGCUGCAAACACAGAGUUCAAUCUGUACUGUUCUGGCUUUCUGUUACAAAAUGAAGCAUUAGUAGGAGAACUUACAUCCAAUGUUUUGGAACUAACAGUUUCUCUUCCUGGUGGUAAGGUGCAUGGGUCUUUAGCUCGUGCUGGAAAAGUAAAGGCACAAACCCCAAAAGUAGAAAAGCAGGAAAAGAGUAAGAAGAAGACUGGCCGAGCUAAAAGAAGGAUCCAAUAUAACAGAAGAUUCGUGAACGUUGUCCAAUCCUUUGGUCGUCGUCGCGGUCCAAACGCUAAUUCUAAUUCAUAAUUGUAUAAAACUACACAUGUAAUGAUGCUGAAAAUAAAUUAAAAAAAAAACUUUAAA